AUGAGGCGCUACCAUCCCACAUAUCGGGAGGACGACGACCACGAGAAUCUCGACCGGUUGCAUCCGCGGAAGAGGCCGCGGCGCAUUUGGCGCUGCAAACGGCCGCCAGUGGUCUUCCUGCUGACUUGGGCUGGUCUCGUGUUCCUCCUCUCCAUUAACUUCUUCACACUAUCCAGAGACAGGCUCCCGACUGGGGCUGGCCUCGUCGGCUGGCAAGAAUUCGCUAAUCUGGGGUUCCCUUCCACAUCGUCUGCCUCCUCAGCCACUAGCCUCGAUGAUACACCGGCGGUAGGCUCCUCAUCAUCGCAGCAAGACGAGGCCAGCAACGCGGCCGGCGCAAACGGAGCUCUGGCAGACGGCCCUGCGUAUCCGCUGGAUGUGUAUGCACCCUUGCUGCCCAAUCCGGCUCCUCUGACCGAGGUGACAAUUCAGGACUGCUCACCGGUCCGGUUGAGCACGUGCAAGCCUCCCUCCACCCCCGAAGAGGAUGCCCUACUGGGCAAAUGGGUCCUUGUCCCGCGUCCGCUGGACUCAGAGGCCGCACAGAGUCUUGGCUGGAGUGAGAAGGGUAUUGGUGGAGCGCUCAAGAAGCUAUGGGGGGCCAUUGAUACCCGCUACGUCUUCUACCGGCGAAGCCGGAGGCUCAAUGUUCCGAGAGUAGUAGAUCUGAGGGUGGUCGAGACAGGACAGGAUCCGCCCAAUGGAGGGACAGAAGCUGGCUGGUUCAGGGUCAAGACUGAUAUGAGGUCCCCUUACAUGAGGCUUUGGGGCGGCAAAAAGGGUCUGCAUCUUUAUUACAAGGUGGAUUCAAUGGGAGGAGCAGCAGGAAGCCCAAGCACGCGUGAUGCCGACUGGGAGAGACAGCAGGCGGCGUUGGAGCCCAUCACUGAGCUCGAUAUCAUGUAUGGCUCCCACAACGUUCCGUGGCCCGGCUUCUACGUCGUUGGCGAAGUCAUGCCUGCUUUCCGGGCCUUGGGAUACCCUUCGACGUUCCUGAAUGCGAGGCGGACACCUUUGCCGAGUACACAAGUCGAUGCACAGCCAAUGUUUCGGCCCGAUGGCACCUUCAAGAUCCUCCAAUUAGCAGAUCUGCAUUUCAGUGUCGAGGACGAGCCUUGUCGAGACGUGCUCUGGGAGACGCCCAAGCGCCCAUGUAGCAGCGUCAACGAUACCGUGGCUCUCAUCGGUCGCUGGCUCGAUGCUGAGAAGCCGGACCUGGUGGUCUUCACUGGCGAUCAGCUCAACGGCCAGGGCAGCUCAUGGGAUCCCAAGUCGACUGCGCCCAAGGUCUUUCAGCCGGUCAUCGAGCGGAAGAUCCAGUGGGCGGCAAUCUUGGGCAACCAUGAUUCUCAGUCGGGUCCUUUGAGCCGGCCGGAGAUACAACAGCUCUUCACUCGUCUGCCAUACUCCUUGGCAAGGGUUGGACCAGCUCAGCUACACAAUGGCGUCGGAGCAGGUAACUACUACAUCAAGCUGCUCUCACCUACACCGGACCGCACAAAUGUGUUCAAUCUCUACUUCUUGGACUCAGGGGACACCGAGACUAGGCUGAACUGGGGCAUCCAUAAGGCCUACGACUCGAUUCUACAAGACCAGAUCGACUGGUUUGUCACGCAGAGCAACAAGAUGAAGAAGAUUCUCCGUCCGUAUAAGCCUGAUGGAGGGGUAGACUUGCCGGCCCAAAAUUGGUCAAGCGAACGUGAAGCCUCAGACAAGAUCCAACGUGAUGGCGACUCCAACCCGACUUGGGAUGCAGGAUCUGCCCAAGGCGCUCUCCUGGCCAAGCCCAAUGCUAUCACCUUUGUGCACAUCCCUCUUGCUGAAUUCUUCGACACAAGUGCCUCGACUGUCAAAUUUGGAUCCGAUCGAAAGGAGACUUCAGGAGUUGCAGGAGCCCAAGGAAAGAGGGGCUUCUUCGAUGCUCUACUGAGACAAGGACUGCAAGGUCAAAGGGACGUGAGGUUGGUGGUGAGCGGACAUAUGCACAACAAUGCGGAUUGUGAACGCAUAGAAAAGGACGGUCAACAAAUCUGGACGUGUUUUGGCGGCGGAUCUUCCUUUGCUGGGUAUGGAAUGGCUGGCUUCGACAGACGAUGUAGAGUUUUUGAGCUCUCCAACUUUGGAGAGACGGCUCAUUCCUGGAAUCGUCUCGAGGAUGGGUCGAAGCAGCUUGAAGGCAAAUUGUGGGAUGAUCUGACUCGGACAUGA